CCGCGUGCGCGCUUCGGUCUGGGCCGGCCUCUGGGCCGUCCGCCCCCACUGGCCGGGCCAUGCCGAGUCGCCGCGUCGCCAGACCGCCUGCUGCGCCGGAGCUGGGGGCCUUGGGGCCUGCUGCUGCUGACCUGUCCUCGCUCCCUCUGGCUGUGUCCAGGACCGCAGAUGAACUGGAGAUCAUUGACGAGUACAUCAAAGAGAACGGCUUCGGCCUGGAGGGGGCGCCGUCGGGGCUGGGCGAGGGGCCGCGCCUGGUGUCCCGCGGGGCGGCCUCGCUGAGCACGGUCACCCUGGGCCCCGCCGCGCCCCCGCCCCCCGCCACGCCCCCGCCCUGGGGCUGCGCGCUGAGCCGCCUGGGGCCGCCCGGGCCGGGCACGCGGCCGCACCUGGUCAUCACCGAGCAGCCCAAGCAGCGCGGCAUGCGCUUCCGCUACGAGUGCGAGGGCCGCUCGGCCGGCAGCAUCCUGGGCGAGAGCAGCACCGAGGCGAGCAAGACGCUGCCCGCCAUCGAGCUCCGGGACUGUGGCGGGCUGCGGGAGGUGGAGGUGACCGCGUGCCUGGUGUGGAAGGACUGGCCCCACCGCGUGCACCCGCACAGCCUUGUGGGAAAGGACUGCGCCGACGGUGUCUGCAGGGUGCGGCUGCGGCCCCACGUCAGCCCCCGGCACAGCUUUAACAACCUGGGCAUCCAGUGCGUGCGGAAGAAGGAGAUCGAGGCUGCCAUCGAGCGCAAGAUCCAGCUGGGCAUCGACCCCUACAACGCCGGCUCCCUGAAGAACCAUCAGGAGGUAGACAUGAACGUCGUGAGGAUCUGCUUCCAGGCCUCCUAUCGGGACCAGCAGGGACACAUGCGCAGGAUGGAUCCUGUGCUCUCUGAGCCUGUCUAUGACAAGAAGUCCACAAACACAUCAGAGCUGCGGAUUUGCCGAAUCAACAAGGAGAGUGGGCCGUGCACGGGUGGUGAGGAGCUCUACUUGCUAUGCGACAAAGUGCAGAAAGAGGACAUAUCCGUGGUGUUCAGCACAGCCUCCUGGGAAGGCCGGGCCGACUUCUCCCAGGCUGACGUGCACCGGCAGAUCGCCAUUGUCUUCAAGACACCGCCCUACGAGGACCUGGAGAUCCUGGAGCCUGUGACUGUCAACGUCUUCCUGCAGCGGCUCACGGACGGGGUCUGCAGCGAGCCGCUGCCUUUCACCUACCUGCCCAGGGACCAUGACACCUACGGUGUGGACAAGAAGCGGAAACGGGGGAUGCCCGACGUCCUUGGGGAGCUGAACAGUUCCGACCCCCAUGGCAUUGAGAGCAAACGGCGGAAGAAGAAGCCAGUCUUCCUGGACCACUUCCUGCCAAGCCACAGCUCAGGCGCGUUUCUGCCGCAGUCAGCCCUGCUGGCCGACACAGACUUCUUCCCCGGCACCGUGUCCCUGCCCGGCCUCGAGCCCCCCGGCGCGCCCGAGCUCCUGGACGAUGGCUUUGCCUACGACCCCACGGCGCCCUCGCUCUUCACCAUGCUGGACCUACUGCCCCCGGCCCCGCCGCUCGCCAGCGCCGUCCCCGGUGGCGGGAGUGCGGGCCCGGCGAUCGGGGAGCCCCCCGGCCCCGAGCCGCUGACGCUGGACUCGUACGCAGCCCCGGGCCCUGCGGACGGCGGCACCGCCAGCCUCGUGGGCAGCAAUAUGUUCCCCAACCAGUACCGCGAAGCGGCCUUCGGGGGCGGCCUGCUGUCGCCGGGGUCCGAGGCCACGUAGCCCCAGAACACCGGCGGGGCCGGGAGGCUAGCGGGCCGGGGCACCGCACGCUCGGGGCCGCGUGGUCAACUCCGACCCCGCGCCCGAUUGGACAUCUGCAGGCCUGGGGAGAAGCGCGGGGCCACGGCUUCCCCUGGAGUCCUGUUUUCAGAUGAGAAGGAGUCGGGGGAGGAAAAGAAGCGCCCUCUCGGGCCGACGGUGAGAUCCUACGUAUUGUACAACCUGCGGGUUGUUCGCAGUCUUCCCAAUAAAGACGAAUUUUUAAGCCGUG